AUGUCCACCGCAAAUCUCUCUUCGGCCGACAUUAGUACUUCAUGUAUGUCGUCCAAUACUCAAUCUAUGUUUUCUAGACCUAGUAUUCUGAGUGAAAAGACAGUCGAUCGAAAUGCUUCUCAAGGUGCACGCGAACGUGAAACACGCAUUGAGUCGUAUCCAGAUGAAGACGAAGCUUCAUGGGAUCCUUGGGAUCCAUGGGACGAGGACGAGGAGAUCCGCCAGUUCAAUGACAGGAUAGCUGACGAUCUGGCUAAUAACGAGCCCUACGAGCCCAAAACUCCACCAUUUACUUUAGCGAACGCGGUUCAAAAGCAGAAACCAAGCACCAUGAAAUCAUGGAAAGAUAAUCACCACCCAAGUCUACCGUUGAUUGACGAAGAUGAAAGUGGAGUUGCUCAGAAUGAGAAUGAUUAG